UCUCUGUCUCUUUGUCUGUCUCUCUCUCUCUCUCUGUCGCUCUGUCUGUCUCGCUCUCUCUCUCUGUCGGGGGCGUGUCUGAGCGCGCGACCUGUGGUGGCGUGUCCUUUGAAAAUGGCCGAAAAACAAACCGGAAAGAAUUAAAAUACAUCAAAGGAGCGAAGCCGAACGUGACAACAUCUCCCGCCACCGCCGCUGAGCGUCGGGUUCUGUCGGGUUCUGUCGGGUUCUACCGAGAGAGAAACUUUUCAAUGAACUGCACCAGGGUCCUCCAGAUCCUGAACCCUCGCCCCGGGGGUCUGUCUCCCAUCAUGCCCGUGGACAUGGCCAUGAGGAUCUGCUUGGCGAGCUCUCCUCCUCUGCGCUCCCUCCUCGGUAACUGCGAUCACCGCUAUUCUUCAUCAGGAGCUGCUCUGUUAAAGCACUGUGAGCCGCUGCGACCCUGUCUGAGCUCCGGCCUCUCCUUUGGUAACGUCGCCAUGGCGACCACGACAUCACCGUCAGCGGCCACAGACAUCGGCGGCUCAGCGUGGCUGAGGAGGACAAAGAAGAGUGUAGUGUUUGCAGACUCCAGGGGGCUGGCCCUCACCACGGUCCACGUCUUCAACGAGGCCGACGAUGAUGUGCUCACAGAGCUGCAGUUCCACCUGAUGGAGAUAGAGGGUGCCGCUGCCAGACUACACCUGGGAGAUGACACAGACGCCGCAGACAGAGGUUCAGGUCUGGUUCUGGACUUCACCCAGCCGGUGGCAGACUAUCUGGACCUGAGGAACCGGCUCAAGGCCCAGCAGGUUUGUCUGGAGACUUGUUCUUUGCAGGAGCACCUGCUCUCAGGCACUGUUCAGGUCCGAAACCUCUGCUUUGACAAGUCCGUGUCAGUCCGGAUCACUUUUGACUCGUGGCGCUCGUUCAAGGACAUUCCGUGUCUUUACCUGAACAACGUGUAUGGCUGCCCCGACACCGACACAUUCUCCUUCUCCGUCUCUUUACCGGAGGUCCUGGAGCCCUCCAACAUGGUGGAGUUCUGCAUUCAGUACCAGACACAGGACCACACAUUCUGGGACAACAACCACGGGAACAACUACCGGCUGGUGAACCCAAACAGCAGCUCGACCCACAGCUCCGAGACUCCGGCCGGGCUGGAGAUCCGGAGGGACUGUGGCAGAGACAAGAGGGAGGAGAUGCAGUUUGAUCCCUUUGGAAGUCCCAGGACAUCAGCAGGGAUCUUCCCUGAGUGGCAGAGCUGGGGUCAUGUGGAGACCAGUGCCCCCUACUGGUGAGACCCCCACAGGGCGUUUUUAAUGUAGCACUCACUCUGCAGGACCCUCAUCUGAGCACUGAAGAUCAUGAUGCAUCAUCUGGAGGUUCUCCAGGCGUGUUUGUAGGACACAUUUGAGGUUGUUGCUUUCACUGAAGUCACUUUAUGUGCCCCAACAUGAAUUAUUUAAGGACUGGAUGGUGUGGGGGACGCCAUGUUACCGCUGAUUUAGAUCCUUAAAAUGUCUCGGCCUGGAUUUCCUGUCUGUAUCUGGUCCUGGUGUGCCGGAUUACAGCCAAUGCUAUGCCACAGUCGACCUGAUUCAGCUGAAUACCUGACGUGGCCUUGUGGCCCCCUUUAAAAUAUCACUAAUAGAUUUGUAGAUGUUUUUUGAGCGUUUGAGAAUUUGAGCGUUUAAACUGCAUCACAUUUUUAAAAUAUGCAAGUGGCACUGAACAUGAGUACUUUAAAGACUUUCAGAGGAGAAUCAGGAGACAAAAGGGCUUUGUAAAAGCAUCCAAAGGAUUUGUUACUUUUAAAGGAUCCUGGAAAUGACCUGAAGGCUUUAAAGUCUCACACAGACUCAGAACUGCUUCCUUCAAACCUCCCAAAGGUCCCUGAGGGGUCCGAGGCCUUACCGCUGUUUCAGAAAACUCCUCAAGGCUUCAGAAUAAUUAGUAAAACUUGAGGCUCCACAAGGUUCCACUUUCAGGAGCUUUUCAUAGGAGUUUAACUGGGUUACUGAGUGCUUCAGAUAUAGAAAGACUUUCUUCAACGUCACACCCGAGUCAUCGAGUCCUCAUUCUGACAACGGCAACAUGAAGACAGCUGAUUGAUUCACGUUCUGGUCCAAGGACCAGACCUGUCCAUCAGAUCUUCAGGACAUGUUGUUUUGCACCAUCAUAUUUAACAUAAACCCUGCAGAUUCUGAACCAGCCGUCUGAGACCAAAGUUCAGUCUGACUGAACGAUGAGACUCUUCUGCUGUCUGUGCUGGAUGUUGAAUCCUGUUUGUGUGUAAAACCUUGAUGCCUUCAGACCCAGUUCACCUUUCAUUAAGCUCAAACACCAGAAUAUAUCAAGAACCUGAAACCCUGCUCUGACCCAGUCUGGUUCUGAUGAGUCCAACUGUCAGGACUUCCCCACACUCUCAGACUCAAGUCGAGCUUUGUUCACAUCCCCGACCUUGACUGAGACCUGAAGUCUCAUAUCCCUAGUUAGAGUUCAUGAGCCCUCGGUCCAGGGUCCGGGGGGGGGGGGGGGCGUUUUGGUUCAGUCCAACCUGAACGGUAUUUCUGGGUCCUGUUUGUACCCAGAUCACCUCUAAUAUUUAACAUGUUGGUCAUUUAAAUGAGCAAAUAAAGUUAAUGUUUUUAAACUGUAUGAAUUUAGAAUGAACCGCGUCUAGUCGUCUUUCCGACAUGAAACCAGACACUCUGCAGGCCGAAAGUCAGAUCCUGCACUGUGGUUCUCACUGUGGUCUGGCCUCUGCUGUUAGUGGAAAACCAGACAACCUGUUGGCUCUGAAAUCAAGUUUAUCAUAAUGCUGUGAUGAAUGAGGAUGUCACAGGAACACAAUCAGAACAUUUACAGGAAAAAAUUUAGAACCGCUCAGUCACUCAGCAGCUGCAGCACUCAAAAUAUUUUGGUGGCAGUUUAAGUCGUACUUGUCUCAAGUUCUUGAAUGUUUCGAGUCAGACUUGUCUCAGGUUCUUGGCAGUUUGAGUCAGACUUGUCUCGGGUUCUUGGCGGUUUGAGUCACCAUAAUGAAACGUUGUUAGGUGGUCAAAUACUCAGCUGUAAUCUAGAGUCAAAGUUGUUCACUGCGUCACAUGACUGUUCGACACUUCUGCUGUCGCAGCGCUUUGGCGGGAGAUUUUCCUCGGUGCCGUGAGAGUGUCAGACAGAGAACCAAAAGCGUGAGACUCAUGGCAGAUCCCUGAGAGUUGGUGACUCUGGUGAGGAUAAGGUUAACAGAAUUUAAAAAAAAAACAAAAACCGAAUUAACUGACACGGCAAGAUUAUGACAGUCAGAGGUUCUGAAUGUCAGUUUUGAUUAAUUGCCCAGCCCUAUUUCCUACAUCCCCCAUGAUGCCUCAGUGCUGUGGGUGGAGUCUGAGGAGAAUCACAGAUGAUUUUGUGAUGAUGAUGAUGAGGUUUUGUAUAGAGGACAGUUUUCGGUCUUUUCAGGGCCAUUUCAGUCUGUUCAGGAAAUAGGAUGAUGAUAGACCCUGGAGUGUCUGUGAUGGCAACUCGAUCCGUAAAAAACAUCAAUUUACAGCCGUUCAGCCGCUUUUAUUUGUUUUUUUGCGAGGGGGGAGGUCCGUUCAGUUAGCAUCAGGUGCUAAUCACACAGCUAACAGACCCUGAACUGCCCUUGAAAUGAGCUCGUCUGUGAUCGCCCGGCUGUGUGAGGUCAUCGGUAUGUGGGCAGAUUACAGCACUGUUGUGGUUUGAUUUCCUGAUGUGUGUGAAUGCAUCACGGAGAAAAAGGCGGGAGUUUAAAGUGAUUUUUAUUUAUUUAUUUUUUUUCUCUGUAGCCUAAACAGGUUAGCAUUUGGCUAACACCGACUGGUUUCCCUGGUAACAGGUAGUUGUUGCUAUGCAUUUUAGCCACCUACUGUCGUCUCGUCAUCAUGGUAACUGCUGUAGAUGCAAAGGUUAAGGUGAAACUUGCACUUCCUAUUAGCUCCUGUAGCCAUAAACGCGUUUACUAAGGUGUGUGUGUGUGUGUGUGUGUGGAUCAUGUGACAGGAAGUCUUGAAGGCUGCUGUAAAGUGUGUUAAAGUGAAUUUGCUGUGUUUCUGUGAAGGUGUUUAAGUGUUGGCAGCAACGCGACGUGUUCAGGUCACUUCAGAUUUAUCAUUAACCGUCAGUGUGUUGCUCCAACGACCUGUAUUUAAAUAAAGUUACAAUAUGCACUUUA